GAAGGGGGCGGCGGGGCCUCCUCCUCGUGCUGGGCUCAGUGGCUCCAGUCCUCCUGAGGCGGAGGAGAAGGAGGAUGUCUCCCAUGUACAAGGUGAGGCCCUUCCACGGCGGUCCUGGCGCGGAAGCGGCGGCGGCGGAGGUCCAGGCCCAGCACAGGCCCAGCUGCAUGUACCGUAUGCGCAACAUCCACGACGCCUCCGAGGAAGCCUCCUCUCCGACGAGGAACGGCCAGGAUGAAAUUGAUCCAUCGCUUCAGGCCCUUGAAUCUCGCCAGGAGGAGAUCCUGAAGCGUUUAUAUGAAUUGAAGGCUGCUGUGGAUGGUCUCUCAAAGAUGAUCCAGACGCCGGAUGCAGACUUCGACGCUACAAACAUCAUCCAGGCAGAUGAACACCUUCCUUUGGCUGCCAAUGCUGCAGACCUAGAUAACUUACUUGGAAAGGACUAUGGUGCUUUGAAGGAUGUUGUGAUCAAUGCCAACCCAUCGCAUCCUCCACUGUCCUUGUUAGUACUUCACAGCUUGCUGUGUGAGAGUUACAAGAUACUGUCAGCUGUUCAUACACACUCAUCUGUGAAGAGUGUCCCAGAAAACCUCCUGAAAUGCUUUGGUGAACAGACGAAGAAGCAGUCGCGGCAUGAAUACCAAUUGGGCUUUACACUAAUUUGGAAAGAUGUGUCAAAACCCCAAAUGAAGUUCAGCAUUCAAACCAUGUGUCCCAUUGAAGGAGAAGGAAACAUUGCUAGGUUCUUGUUCUCCUUACUUGGUCAGAAGCAUAACGCGGUUACAGCAACUCUGAUAGACAGCUGGGUCGACACAGCCAUCUUCCAACUGCAAGAAGGGAGCAAUAAAGAAAAGGCAGCCGUUUUACGAUCCAUGAACGCAGCCCUUGGCAAGACAUCCUGGCUGGUGGGAAACGAACUAACAGUAGCUGAUAUUGUGGCCUGGUGUGCACUUCAGACAACUGGGAGCACAAAUGCUGUUCCGCCCAAUGUGCAAAAAUGGCUGAAAUCUUGUGAAAAUUUGGCACCUUUUAAUGCUGCUCUCAAGUUGCUAAAGUAAAGUUAUUCAGUAGAAAGGGAGGCAGUUUGAAUAUUUUCUACAUUUUAUUGUGGCUGGAACAUAAUGCCUUCUGUGUGACUGAAGUUUCAAGACAUUAAGUGUCAAAUGUCUUAUGCUAAUAAAUUAAUCAGAAUUGC